CUUCACACCUCUUCUUCUUCUUCUUCUUCUUCUUCUUCUUCUUCAUCUUCAAUUUUCUGUUGUAGCACCCUACUUUUUAUUGUUUUUGCGAUUAACGUUAUCUCGUAAGUUUAUUUUGUAUUAAUUUUUAUUGUGAUUUGUGAUUUUUAUGAUUUUAACUGAAUUACGGUUUUAUUGCAGAUGGCACUCCAAAAGUUCACGCUUGGGUUACGUUGGAAUGUUAGACUGGAAAGGGGGUCACCUACGUCGGUGGAAUUUUUCAGAAAAUAAAGGUCGCUACCAGACCGAUGCUUGAAGAACUCCAUCAAAUGUGUACUAACGUUACUUGCAUGGAUGGCACGAGAAGAGUUGAUUGUAUGGUAUACUGAUAUCCAAACAUAGAAGGCGGGUCGUUGUGGCAUGAGGAAUAUCUCAUAACCACUCAGGAUGAAGUGGAUGCCAUGCUCGAAUUCUUGAGGUCCAAUAAUCUUUCCAAAGCCGAGAUGUUCGUUUACACCGAGGCGGCCGAAGGCGUUGGAGGUCAUUUUGGAGACGGGCAAACAUCUGGUAUCCAUGAUGGAGGUGAAUUAUAUGGUGAUCAUCCCUACCAAAGUUACCAUGAUCCUCAUUCCUACUUUCAGUACCAAGAGCAAGGUGAAGAUCCUCAUCAAUCUUUCCCAUCAUAUGAAGAAGAAGUUCAACAACACCAUGCCAACCAACCCGAGAACAACUUCCAUUCAGGCAGCGGCAGUUUUCACAACUACCAUUAUGGAGCUGAUGAAGGUGCCUUUCAGGAUCUGGAUCAGAUGGAAGAUGCCCUGCCAACACCAGUUAGUGACCCCUCUGAUGAAGAAGAAGAAGAAGAAGAAGAAGAAGAAGAAGAAGAAGGGAGCAAUGUUAGUGCAGACAGCUCCGUCCCUCCUGAAUGUGCUGAUGAUUCAGGAGGCCCAGAGUCAGAGUCAGAUGAUGAUGAGGUGUCUCAUGAUAAUCGCUUAAAAUCCCAUUUCCUUAGGCAUGCAUCUCUUUACAAAGAGUCUAAGUAAGUGGCGCUAUGCAUUCAAUUAAAUUAUUGAAAACAACCAAUACGAUUAAAAAUUAUCAAAUUUAUUUUAUAUUCCACUAAGUACGUUAACAAAUUAAAAGAAAGAGAAAUGAUGAAGAAUUAUAUGUACCUCGUGAUCGUUCCAAACAUCCCUUGAACGAUGGUUGGGUUGGUCGUACAACACGGUUGGAUCACUAGGCCCUUGAUCAACAUAAUACCGCUGGUUGUAUAUAUCCAUGUCGUCCCCAACCUAUGAGUGAAUAAAAACAACAUUAGUACAUAGAUUAAUUGAAAAGGUUAUAACAACAACAUUUGGUAAAUGAGUACGUACCGCACAUGGAAGGCGCGGUUCACGGCGACCAAGGCGUUGACCGUUCGCCAAGCACGCGGUCUUCGAUCCCUGACGCGGAUCGCUGCGCUGGCGCGCAGUCAGCAGUUGGAUCGCCCCCUCAUCCAAUGGUGUUGGGGACCGCCGACUCGGGAACACAGACCGCACGCUCACAGUGCAGUUUUCAAGCUGCCCUAGCGUGGACCGCUCUCCCGUUGUGCGGUUUGCACAUAAAACGCACCUUGAAGG